AUGUUACCCUUCAUAUCAAGCUUAAUUAGAAAAAAGGAAUUUUAAGAUUUUGCAGGAGUAUGUAGAGGUAUCUACAGAGUAGUUGAUGGAGUCAAUUAACCUUAAUUAAUUAAAGAUAAUCUAAUAGAUCAAUUCAAAUAGGAAAAAUAGACCACUCCAAUAAAUGAAAAAAGAGAAACAAUCAAAAAGCCAGAAUAAGAAUAAUAGUAACCAACUCCAUAAAUCUAAAACAAAAUAAAUGAGUAAAUUAAAGAUACCCAUUAAAGGAAAGGUAAAGAAUAAGAUCAAUAAAGCAAUGAUUAGUAAUCUUAAAUUCCUUCUCCCCCUCCUAUCAAUAAAUAAUUUACUGAAAAUAAAGUGCCUUAAACAGCAAUUGGAAGAGUGUAUGAAUUUGGAGCUUUAGGAGUUAGUUUGGCAACUAAUGCAAUGAAAACGAUGGUCACUCAAUAAAAUGUGUCCUUUAGAUAAGCAUUGGUAAGUGAGGAGAAUGCCUCUCUCUUGGCCAAAGGUCUUUGCAAAAUGAGAGGAGCCCCCUUGAAACUGGCUCAAGCUUUAAGUAUUCAAGAGGACGAAGUCAUUCCAAAACAUAUUCGAUAGGCUUUUGAAUAAGCUAGGUAGAAUGCUGAUAUCAUGCCGUAAAAGUAACUAGAGAAAAUGCUCAAAUAAGAGUUAGGCAGUGAUUGGACUAGCAAAUUCAAAGAAUUCGAACUCAAGCCCUUUGCUGCUGCUUCGAUUGGACAAGUACAUGAAGCCAUUACAACAUAAGGAAGACGGGUAGCUGUCAAAAUUCAAUAUCCGGGAGUGAAGGAAGCCAUAGAUAGUGAUUUAAACAAUCUGAAAAGACUAAUGGAAUAUACUAACUUGUUUCCUAAGACUAUGUUCUUAGAUAAAUUGAUCGCCAAUACUAGAAAGGAAUUGCAUGAGGAAUGUGAUUAUAAAAUAGAAGCUGCAAAAUAAAUUAAUUAUAGAAAGUUAUUUGGAAAUCAAUCUGAAUUUGCCAUUCCUGAAGUGCUUAGCGAUUUAUCAACAACCAGAAUCUUGACUGCAGAAUACUUAUAUGGAGACACAAUUGAUUUUGCAGCUGAAAAUUACCCUCAACAUUUGAGAAAUGAAAUAGGGAGAAGAGUGAUGAGUCUAACGCUCUAAGAACUAUUUAAAUUUAGAACCAUGCAGACAGAUCCAAAUCCUUCCAACUUCUACUUUGAUAGACACAAAAAUAAGUUGAUCCUACUUGAUUUUGGAGCAGUUCAUGAAUAUACUAAACCCUUUAUGGAUAACUACAUCGGAGUCAUCUAUGCUGCCACCAUUUUGGAUAGAAAGGAGUGUUUGCAACGAUCUGUUGAUCUAGGGUUUUUGACUGGUGAAGAAAGCAUCAGAAUGAAGGAAGCCCAUGUAGAUUCUAUCAUAUGUGUUGGAGAACCAUUUAGACAUCAAGGGGAGUUCGAUUUUGGAGAACAGUAGAUGACCAAAAAGAUAUAUGAACUUAUGCCAGUUAUGCUUAAGUAUCGAAUGAGACCUCCACCUCCUGAGAUCUAUUCAUUGCACAGGAAAUUGUCAGGAGCAUACUUAAUGAAUAUGAGACUAAAAACUAAGGUUAAUUGCAGAGACAUAUUUAUGAAUCUUUAUGAAUAAUAUAUAAAACUAUAAUGA